AAAACGUGUGCCAAUCCGAACGCGAGUGCAAUUUUUCAAAUAGACGUUUCGAGUUCCACGCCUUUGCUCCUCAGACGUCCUCCAAUUCGUCGUUAUUGUAAAAUUUGCUGUGACAAUUGCACAAUCGCCUCUGAUGUCGACCCGGAGACGGGACGCAUGACCGACACCCACAAGAUGUACGCAAUCUGUGGAGCGAUUCGUCGAAUGGGAGAAUCCGACGACUGCAUAGUGAGAUUGACAAAGAAUGAUGGGUUGCUGUCAAAAAACUUUUAAUCUAAUUAUGUAAGAAAUUUAUUUUCAAUAAAUUAAAAAAGCUAAAACUAA